UCUUUGAACCGUACAUCAUUAUGAAGUUGAAUGAAAAUGUUGGAGAAGUUGUUCAUGAUGUUGAGCUGUCAUUUAUUUCAUAAGAAAAUAAAAUGACAAAAUGGUGAGCGAUGAAGUGGUGGAAUUUAACAAGAAAGCACAACCAGUUUUCAAGAAUCCAAUUUUUCAGCAAAAAUUUCGACCGACUAGUACCACUGGAAAGAAACGAAUCUGGCGUUCAUUAAAGCAAGUCUUGGCUCAAGAACGUGCACUACCAUGGCCAGUGGAAGUAAUACAUUAUAGUUCCAUUAACGCACCGCCAAGUUUUAGACCGGCAAAGAAAUAUUCAGACAUUUCUGGGUUACCGGCACGGUAUACAGAUCCGCAGACUAAAUUAUAUUAUGCUACUGCUGAAGAAUUUGCAACAGUUCGAAGUCUACCGAUGGAUAUAACUGCCGGAUAUUUAGCAUUACGCGGCGCUUCCAGUAUCGUUGGAUAAAUGAAUUUAUAACCUUUUCUUUCUAUCAGUUUCUUAUAUUUAGAUAAUACAGAACACGAGAAUGAUUUUCCUGUAAUGCUACUUAUUACAGUUAUUUUAGAUUAACAAACGCAAAGUGUAAUUCCGCAAAUUGUUUACAGUGUACAGUAAAUAUAAACAAAAAACAUGCUGUAAAACUUUUCUAAAACGUUCGCCGUGAUCAUAGUAGACAAUUGCAUAAAUUAAUUUUUCAAGUUUCUUUUUUAACGGGAUUUCCUGAAAUAA